GCGUAGUCAGGAGUGAUGCAUGUGCCGUUGCCUCCCAGGGCGCGGUCUGGCAGAACAAGGUGCACUCCUGCUGUCAGACGAGGAUCCGCGAGUGCGCAGCCGUCCGCUUCCACUCAUGUCUCUGAGCCGCUCUGCAAGCCGGAAAACGCUGAAGACAUGACCAGUCAGUACCCACUCAAAUCCGCUCUUGCUAUCGGGAACGUGGACGACACUUCCCUGGCUCUUCCCUCGGCAAACCAGCAACUCUCCAGAGAGCGACGGGUAAUGGAACAAGUGCUGACCAUCAAAAAGACCAAGGCCAGGCUGAACAGCAGCAGGAGCGGAUCCACUUCUCUGUCCCCCGCAAGCCCAUCAUACGAAUCUGUUUUCACUGACGUUUCCAGAAGUGGCGCAUCGAAUGGACCUGUCUUUUUUGGCAAUGGCUUCAGUAAAACACUCAGCCGUGAGAAAUCUGUCCCCUCAAGUCCUCUGCACAAUAAAAGCUCGCCAAAUUUCUACAUGGACCGUGGUUACGGCACUAUCAGCACCAAAACGAUGACUCGCAUGGACACCUGCCGCAGCGAGCCUAGCCUGGCCUGGCCUCGCCCUGUGUCCUACUACCGAGCGCCUGCCCCCCAGCAUUAUUCCAGUGGCACCACUUACAGGGGUGCCGAACGGGCCACCAGACAGCUUGUGACUGGCUCUUCCCCUCAGCCUCUACAGCUGCAGGUCAAAACGAACGGCACACAAGCGCAAAACAAAGGUUUCAUUUCAGGCAAGUUGGAGAUGCGUGAAAAACAGUCCACUGGGGAACUGCCGCUAUCGAAGAGCCAGAGGCAUUCUGUGCCAAAUGGAAACGUUACCAAAGACCUAACCAUGAAGGAGGCUGUGGAGUACCUUUCCAACCAGAAUGAGUUGUUUAAAUGCUGUGGAGCCUCCUAUAUUCAGCACAAUACUUUUGUUGACGAAAAAGCAAAAGAUGAGGUGUUACGGUUGAACGGCAUCCCUCCGCUGGUGGCCAUGCUGCACGACUCCAAUCCUCAGGUCAGCCAAGCGGCCUCUGCUGCCCUGCGGAACAUCUCCUUCAAGAACGUCAAGAACAAGGAGGAGAUACAUCGCUGCCUUGGCGUUGAAGGGGCCGUGACUCUGCUUAAAGAAACAGACUCAGCUGAGACGCAGAGGCAGCUCACAGGCCUCUUGUGGAAUUUGUCCUCAGCAGACACACUGAAGCCGGACCUGGCUAAAAUCGCACUGCCUGUCUUAGUGGAGAAAGUGAUCGUUCCAUGCUCAACACAUCCUGACUCGAGUAGCAGCGAGAUCUUCUUUAACGCCACAGGAUGUCUGAGAAAUCUUAGCAGUGCAAAGCAGAACAACAGGCAGGCCAUGAGGAAACAUCCUGGUCUGAUUGACUCUUUAGUCACGUAUGUGAACAACUGCGUGGAACAAGAAGAAAACGAUGACAAGUCUGUGGAGAACUGCGUCUGCAUCCUGCACAACCUCACCUUCCAGCUGGAGAACGAGGCGCCAACUUUGUUCAACAAGUACACAACCUUGGCCAAGGCUAUCGGGAAGAGCCCCAGCCAGGGUGACACUGGCCCCAUCGGGUGCUUCAGUCCACAGGGCAAGGGGUCAGUGCCUGAGCACCAGCUCAAUCUACCAAUAGUGGAGGAUCCCAAACCAUCUGGUGCCGGUUGGCUGAUCCACUCCAAAACUCUGCAGAACUAUCUUGCGCUACUGGGGUCCAGUCAGCGCGAGGAGACGCAGGAGGCGUGUUGUGGAGCGAUGCACAACCUGAUCGCACGUGACGGCAUUGUCUCCAUGGUGAUGAGUCAGAUUAUCGUGCAGAAACUAAAAGGCAUGCACGUCAUCGGUCCACUGCUCCGCUCCAACAAAGUCAACCUGCAGAGGAGCUCGAUGGCUCUGUUGGGAAACCUGUGCAAGAACCCAACCCUGCAUGGUACACUCGCCCGUAAAGGCCUACCUGAGCUGCUGGCCGUCAUCAGCGCCGGCACCUCUGAGGGCAACGAGUCCGACGACACGCUGGCCAUGGCCUGCCAGACCAGCAACUCCCUGCUACUGAAGGACAGCGAGCUGAGCAAGCACCUGAUCACCAGCUCUCUCAUCCGAGCGCUCAACGAUCUCAGCCAGAAUCGUUAUUUCCCCAAAUCCAGCAAGGCUGCCGCUCUGCUUCUUCACAACCUCUGGUCAGACAAAGAGAUUCAGAGCUACCUAAAAAAGCAAGGAAUGAGCAAGGCUUCAUUUGUCAACGAUGUCACCACGGCGGCGCACAAGUCGGUUCAAGUCGUCGAUUAGCUCAAGUACAUUUAACCUGGCAAACCCAAAGAAGUCCAUCCUUCCUCAUUUCAUCCACAGUUGAAUCACACUAAGGUGGUUUUCCACAACUUGUGGAAGAUGAGCUGAAAAGAAAACAUUCACCGUGUAUUGUUGUGAAAUAGAUGUUGGCAGGGGAGUGCAGCUCACUUUGCUAUUGUAAAUAUCAAGUGAAGUAAUUCUGCUCCUCUUCAUCUAUGACCACGCCACACGCCUCAUCGAAACCAUCUAUUUAAGAUCAUUCCAAAACUCCUGAUCAGAUCAGUCCGGCUUCAUCUGCGAUGCAAGUCUCCUGAUGCAGGGAUCCCCCUCAGCUUCACCACGCCUGUGCAGUACUCUGCAGUGGCCAGGUGGUGCGGCUGAGUAAAUAAGCGAUGGAAUCCAGAUCAUGCUGUUUGAUGAUUAUGUAUUAUUGACACAAUAUUUAUGAAGUGAUAGGUGUGUUUAUUCUUAAAACGUCUCCACGGAUUUGCGGACUCCAGUUACAUCUUCAACGUCAAAAAAUGUCCACUUUUGAUUAUUUUUAAAGGUUUUCCCACAUGCCUCGGCAGCGCCAGGAAAUAUUGAAUUUUGCGAUUUGUCAGUGUAGAUUUUGACUGGCAACACAUAAAUUGUUUUGGGUUUUUUUCCAUCUACUCCUUCAAAUAUGAAUAACUUAGUGGCGCAUCCCAAACAAAAACAAAAUGGGUUAAUUGCUUUGGCAACAUUGUACCCAAGCAAUUUGAGUGUCAAAGAAAAUCUUGGACUGUUCGACCAGAUGUUUCUAGUAGGUACGGUUUUGGUCCUCAAUUCCUCAGGAAUGUAAAAAACUAUUUCUCUCAUUUUGUCUGUUCAUUGACAUUUGACAUGUGAAAAUGCCAUUAAGGUGAUGGCUGUCAGAGUGGACAUUUUUGUGACUCCAGAGGGUGGAAUCUAUGUCACAAUGGUGAGCUGGUCUGCACACAUGCCUACUUUAAAGUGUUCAUAGAAAAUUUCAAAUGAUUUUCUUGAAGCUGAAAACAAACAGCUGCUUCCUCCUAGUGGGGGAGCCAAUCGGAGUUCCUUUGAUUUAAACACCUCUUCUACUCACUUUUAAAGAUUUGUUUUUAAAAAAGUCUUUUUACAACAUAAAACUUUGUACUAAAUGUUGUAUUUAAUUGAAUGUCACCUGUUGUCCCUACCUUUGCAGCUUUUUUCAAUAUUUGACACCAAAUGCCUAACAGAAUUGGUUCAGUAUGGUCGCAUUGUGAAGUGGACUCAGUCAGAACCAGUGGUGUUGCAUAACUCUUAUGCACAACUCCUUCUGCCAGUGCAUGACUUCAGUGCAGACCAAUGAAUGAAAUGGACAAAGGAACGAAAGCACCUUUAUCAUUUUCCUUUGGGUGGUUUUGUUUUAGCUUGACUUGAAACCUAUCGACUACAUUCCUCCUCCACUUUGUUAAAAGCCUCAGAGUCAGCUGUUCUGCUUUAGUUUGCCACAACACAAUGGGUUUCUUCAAUCUCUCCUCUCUGAUUCAGUUGAUUUGUUCAUGGAAAAAUGGUGGCCUGUUCGUUUACGUUUUGCAUUUCUGUUCAUGGUGUGUUUUGUUUGUACAAUUGUGAAGAUAAAACACUGUGAAAUAUCAAUAAAACUGAA